AUGUUUUCGUCGAGUACCUUCACAGCCGUGCUGGCUCUGGCUUCACUCGCCUCCGCCCAGUGCGGCUCAGGCACUCCCCACGCCAAAGUCACCGGCUCAGGAAGCUCCUUCACUGCAACCAGAGGAUCCACAAACCUCUACACGGGCUCCGACUACCUCAAAGCGAUCCAAACCGCCGUCGACGGCAUCACCAGCGGCCAGCGCGUCUCCAUCAUGGCAUCCGGAAACAUCGGCGCAAACACCAUCCGCAUCACCAGCGGCAAAACCUUCGAAGGCUGCGGCACAAUCACCGUCGCCACUAAGAGCGGCAGCGGCAACAUCGAAGUCACUGACCAAACCGGCGUCAGCAUCCCCUACCUCACCAUGGCCGGCUCCACCUACUUCGGCCUGCGCUUCUCCGGCACAAAGGACCUCACCCUCGGCACCCUAACCUUCAACCUGCAAUCAGGAAUGGGCAUCCGCUUCGACCGCGACCGCGCCGCAAACUCCAACGUUAAAAUCGGCACCGUCACCUGCAACGGCGGCACAUCUCACUGCAUCGAGACCUGGAACAUCGACCGCCUCGACAUCGGCACAGUCAUCGGCAAGAACGUCGGUGAGUGCGGCCUUUUACUCCAGAAAGUCACAAAUGCCAAAGUCGGCACUGUGGACUGCGACAACUGCGGCGCAGGUACUGGCUAUGCUGCCCUCCGCUUCGCCAACGAAGCCGGCAAGCUCAACGGCGGCUACGGAACUAACAUCUACGUCAACCGCGUGCGUGCUCGCGGAGGCGGCCGCGGCGUCUUUUGCGUCUCUGCGUCUGGUGGUGCCGAGAUCGCGAGUGUGGACAUAGCCAACACGGGCAAUAACGCUAUCCUACUCGAGAACUGCUACAAUGUUAACAUCAAGGGCGGUACCGUGAGUGGCGGCGGCGAGGUACGUCUAGCGGCUAGGACAGAGUUUGCGAAUAGUCGCGAUAUUGCGAUUUCGCUAAGGGUGGAUGGCACGACGGUGCGCGAGAGUCCUUGCACGGUGAAUAAGACAAAGUGGAAUUUGUCGGGUAAUGGUGGCCGUACUAUCUGCACUUAG